UGGUAAGACUUGCAAAACAAAAGAUUAAUUGCUUAUGUACAAUAUAUCCAGCAAAUAAAUGGCAAGUUCAAGAUAUGAAGUGGCAAAUCCACAGCCAUAGAUUCACAACCCCAUGUCCACAUCAGUACAAGCAGAACAGACAAAAAACCAUCAAAAUUCUAGUUCUCACACACCACACACACAAGUCUUGCACACAUGUCUGCUGGUAGUUCUCAUGUUUCUAUGGCCUGAAGUUAUCCCGGGCUUAGAAAUGAGGUGACCAAGGCAAAGAACUUGUCUCCAUGGCCACCUCACAACUCACGGGAGCACUGGUACGUGACCUCUAUUUAUUUCCCUUACAAGUCUAUGGAAGAACUCGCAAAGAUUUGUAGAUCAAGAAAUGGCUUGUUCAACCACAUUUAGGGUUCCCAGUGGGUUAGGAUUCUUGGGGCCUUCCAAGAUUGGUCGGAAUCCUUUGAGAAACAAAGGUGGUGUCCGGUCAGGAGCAAAGUAUGUGGCACCAACGUGUGCAGUCUCCUCUGCUAGGCCAGCGUCACAGCCUAGGUUCAUACAGCACAAGAAGGAGGCCUUCUGGUUCUACAGGUUUCUUUCUGUAGUAUAUGAUCAUGUUAUAAACCCAGGGCAUUGGACUGAGGACAUGAGGGAUGAUGCAUUGGGACCCGCUGAACUCUAUGACAAUGAGUUCAAGGUUGUUGAUGUUGGCGGUGGAACUGGGUUCACUACAUUGGGGAUUGUCAAGCAUGUGGACAACGACAAUGUGACCCUGCUGGACCAGUCACCACACCAGAUUGAGAAGGCUCGGCAGAAGGAGGCACUGAAGGGGGUGAGCAUCAUGGAGGGUGAUGCUGAGGACCUCCCCUUUCCAACUGACACAUUUGACCGUUAUGUCUCCGCUGGAAGCAUUGAGUAUUGGCCUGACCCGCAGCGAGGAAUCAAGGAAGCUUACAGGGUCGUAAAGCCUGGCGGGCUUGCCUGUUUGAUCGGUCCAGUUCACCCAACAUUUUGGCUAUCUCGCUUCUUCGCCGACAUGUGGAUGCUCUUCCCCACGGAAGAAGAGUACAUAGAGUGGUUCACCAAGGCAGGGUUCGAGGAUGUCAAGCUCAAAAGGAUCGGGCCCAAGUGGUACCGUGGUGUUCGUCGGCAUGGCUUGAUCAUGGGAUGCUCCGUGACAGGCGUGAAGAGAGCUUCUGGCGACUCCCCUUUGCAGCUCGGUCCCAAGGCUGAGGAUGUUGAGGAACAGGUGAAUCUUCUCGCCUUCCUCUUCCGCUUCGCCAUCGGGACGAUAUGCGCGUCGUACUACGUGCUAGUGCCUAUCUACAUGUGGAUCAAGGAUCAGGUUGUUCCCAAAGGCCAGCCUAUUUAAGCAAUGGUAGUGAAGAUCCAUUUUUCGCUUCUGUAUGUUAGCCACCUGUAGUGCUUGCAGUUCCCUACUCAUGUAUGUUUGUGCUUUUCUUUUCGUCAAAAUCUUGUUUAUGCAAAUGGACUUUGUGCACUUGUGGAAUUAUAGAGGCUAGGGAUGUAAUAUUCCCAUUUAUGGUAUGAAAUGCAAAGGAGCUUGAUGGAGCAGCAAAA